AUAAGGAAACAACAGGAUCUCUAUAGGCCAGUACCUGGCAGACCUUGUGUUGUAGUAAACAAUACACCCGAUAGCGGGAUCAGGGCGGGUUAUCAGGAGAUAUCACUCCACAGUCAAACGGCGCGCUAUACAGACAUGUUGCGUCUUAUUAUUUUGUGUUGUUUCUUUCAAAUUGCUUUCUUUAGUGAUGCACCAUGCAUAAUAGACUUAGAAUGCAUGGAGUGUAUCCCGGACAACAUGCCGCUAGUGGCUUCACACAGAGCGUCCAACAGUACCGUAGUUAUUCCUGUGGGGGAUGAGGUAGUGUUCUCGUGUGGAGGGGGGCGGUUACUCGCCUACCCCCUGAUGAGCACUGUGAGCGCGGUGUGCGAGGCGGGGAGGUAUCGUGUGAGACAGGACAGUAAACUGCGGCAUUUGCUCGAGCUGGGCUGCCAGGAGAAUAUAUUCGAAGAUGUGUUGCAUACGGUGGAAUACUGCGGGUUACCGCUACAAGGGCGCGCGUAUCAAAUCAUAGAAGCUACUAGAAACGCGCGCCACCUCGCCACGCUGUGCUUCGACGAAGACCGCGGCAUCCCCACACUCGCACACGUCAGCAAUGCCGCAGCUAAUGUACUUAGAAUGCCGCCACACAGCGAACAACGCUCUCCACUCACUUUACUAGGAAAUUUCAAUCACAUGUUCGACGCCAACACGCGGCACGCCGCUGAAAAACUCUAUUCUGACGACAUACGCAUGAACCGGCGUCUGCAUGAAAUAUUCCGACACGAGAAGUUCACGUUCGCCGACCAAUCACUGACCGGCACCAAACUGCUCAGCAGCUAUUACUUCGACGACCAGAACAUGCGAGUUACGGACUUCGUGUCAAAUAAAGUGCCGGUUUGGAAGAGCGUCGCGAAUGGAAAUCUACACCAUUUGCAUCGGGAUGUCGCCAAGUUCAUGAAGCUAACUAGACCACAUGCCACUUUGGACGUGUACGCGGGAACGCAUGGAGUGCUUUCUUUGCGAACUGGUCAUACUAGAGCAGAGAUAUUCCUUAAGCCAGAGCGGUUCCCGGUGCCCAAAUACAUUUGGACACUUGUCCACGAUAAGAGGAGCGAGAAAGCGUUAGCUAUAGUGGUUUUAAACGACCCAUUUGUGGCCGUGAGCGAGAUUCGCGACGCAGUCUUCUGUGAGAGCGCGUGUGGACGAGUAUCUUGGUUACACGGUUUAAGGAAACAUAGAAACUAUGAAAUUCCUCUCUACGGUCUGACCUUCUGCUGCGAAGUGCAGAACUUUACGUCUGUCGUCAAUGAGAUGCCGAAAGAGAUAUUGAAAAAUGUUCCAGGAGGGAAUAGUGGAAUGCUUACGGAAUUGUAUGCUUAACGUUUUGGUACUGUACGAUAUUAUAUAGUUUAAUUCUAUUCAUACAAAAAGUUACUAUUUAAUUGUACAUAAUACUUUCUUAUUUCUGACUAAGUGAACACCUUUGUUUUACUAAAGAUUGGAAGUUAUGAAAAAUAGACACAAUGUAUAUGUAAAAGUUUUUAUUAAAUGAAUUUUAAUAAUAAA